UUUACCAGUGUCGACACAAGGUUAACAGGACUUAGCUUGGGUUUCAAAGGCGCAGUUUGCUGUUAGUUCGAUAAGUCGAUUAUUUGGUUUAAAUACAGCUCGUCAAAUUGGUCAGAGACAUUGAUUGGAAAAAAGAACUUUCAUAAAGAGGGAUUGACAUUUAUGGGCCUUUUGGUGAAAAGGCAGCCCCAGGAAAACGAAAAUGUCCAAAGCUUUUAAUUUCGUAUUCGUCAGUAUCUGUUUACUUGAGGCAGUCGUAAUCAUUGUUGGAAACGCUCUCACCUUCUGUGUCUUUUGGUCUCAAAGACCGCGUCUCAAGGGAACUUAUUAUAUUUUAAUGAACCUCGCUGUUUGUGACUUUCUGGUGGGAUUAACAGAGACUGUUAUUCUAGCAUGCUCGGAAAAGUUUCGGGAAACUACUGCACCAAACCGUAGUGGAGGAGAAAACGUUUAUGGUUUUUGGCAGGGAUUCCAGACCUUCUCCUCUAUCACGUCGGUGUUUUUUCUCGCACUAAUUUCGCUGGAACGGGUUUACGCUGUGUUAUAUCCUCUGCGCCACCGCGUAGCAAACACAAGUGCUUAUAUUUACAGUAUCAUUGUUGUGUGGGCACUCGGAAUUUGCUUGGCUGGGAUAAUUUUUUUGAAAAUCUACUACGCAAAUAUAAACGAGAUAGCUUUUGUUUUAUCGACUCACUUGAGCCUAUUUAUUGCUCUGCUGAUUACCUGUGCCAGUUACAUCACGAUACGCUAUCGAUUGCGCAGAACAGCAUCAUCAUCUGAGUUAGUCGAGGGCCGUAUUCACAACCAAUUGAGUGUAGAACACAGCUUGCGUCUUUCCAGGACACUUCUCGUGGUAGUUGCUGUGUCGCUGAUUCUUUGGCUACCGGCGUUUUUCGUGUAUACCGCGAGAGUUUUUUGUCUGAGAUGCAUCCCUGAACCUGCAGUAUGGGUCGUAAAAACCUUGCAUUUGGCAAACUCCAUGGUGAAUCCAUUCGUUUACAGCUUUAAGAUGACGGUUUUUAGAGAUGCAUUGAAAAAAAUGUGGAGAAAACGAAGAGCAAACAUUGAAAUUGUAAGACCUGUUUCUGUAGAAUUGCAGUAGGGCAACUCUCCCGGUGUUUUCAAGAAAGUAUCAAAAUAAGAUCUGUUUGAUCAAGGUUUCUUAGACGUAGUACGCAAGUUCCAGUAUCAGCAUUCUUCUUUCUUUCAUGUUACUAGUCAAGUUCCUCUCGAAUUCAAUAGUGGAUUUACUGGCGCACAUUUACUGAACUUUGCAUUUACGGAAAGUAAUCUUCCUUACGUAUUUUAUUUUCCAAUCAGUCUUCUAAAAAUCUAGUCCCGGUUUCUCUAAAACGAAGCUUUGUCUUCAACCACAUAUAAGGACCUUGUUACCUUUUUUGUCUAAUGUUCAAAUUUUACUGUUUAUUUUUCACGGUAUUUAACGUAUAACUUCAACACGGAAUUAACCACGGAAUCUCCCUCCUUUAGUU